AGGAAGUUCAAGACCUUCUUCCUUACGUCUGUCUAUGACAGAGAGGGGAAAAACUGGGUCAAGGAAGACAAGAAGGUGUCUCUUGAUCAUCGGCUCUUCCAAGGAUACGGGGUCAAGGCUUUGUCCAUGAAAGCGUUUGAUGUGCGCGGGAAUGGAACAGAGUUCCAAAUGCUGGAUCUGGAAAAGUUUCUUUCCAAAACCAAUGGCUACCGCGUGACUGGGUCCCUGCCUGUCGUCGAGAGCGCUUUCAUGCUCAGUAGACCUUUGGUCCAAUUCAACAGCCCGACGGACCAACUCGCGGCUUUCGUUAUGCGAUACAGGGAAGAGUUCGCGAGGCUGCCUGCUGCCCAACAAGUUGACCGUGUUUUCGUGCCGAUUGACGCCCCGUCUUUGUCGGCUGCGGGGCCCAAACGGCGCCAGGAUCAACCGGCCAGAGCGGGUGGAAAGAGGAAGGAAUUGCCGACUGCCCCGUCUUCGUCGGUUGUGGUUGUCCAAGCUCUGCCCGCUCCAGUAACGCCCUCAGAUCGGCAAGGUCGCGAUGCGGCCGAGCAGUCCAGCGAGGCCACAGACUACGACGACGGGGCUGUGCGCUAUCGGGCUAGUCCGCAGCAUCGUUCCCGGGGAGGUGCAGGUGCCUUCGAUGACGAGGAAUGCGAGGGCCAAGAUGGAGAGGGCGGUGGUUGGGAUGGGGAGGGCGGUGGUGAGGAGGGGGAGGGCGGUGGUGAGGAGGAGGARRGCGGUGGUGAGGGGGACGACGGUAACGAAGGAGAUGCUGAAGGUGAGGACGAUGGCAUGGACGAGGAGAGAGACGAUGUUGGUGAGGAAGUCGAAGACAAUCGCUCCUAUGACCACGCCAUGCGACAGGGAGACGAACCGGGCUCACGGGGAAAGCGAAAGAGGGAAGAGGCGUCGACCUCUCCUGCGAGUCGAACAAAACAGGCGAGGGCGGACGCCGUCAAUGAAGCUCGCGGAGCGUUGACAGCAUCACAGGAAGCGUGGGCUCCUCGGAAAACUGGUGGGGGGGGGCGAAGUGGCAGCCGCGGGGGCGGUAGCGGAGGCGGUAGGAAAGGCUCGCAGAGGUCCAGGGCACCUGAGCUGCGGGACUCGGGGGAUGAGGGCGAGGGGGUGGGGCCUCGCAUGCCCGAAGACGUUGAAGAGCUGGUUCAGCACGCCGCGCCCGUGGACACGACACGAUGUUUCUUCCUCGAAUACGACAAACAGGGCUUCGCCAGGCAAGACGUCCAAGUUGUUAACGUCGACGUUAAUAGGAUCAAACCCAUUCCCCGUGGGAAGAUCCUUUUUAACCACCAUUCGUUGUCUAAGAACAUUGUGAGAGGCAUCGAGAGUGCCAUAGAAAGCUCCAUCAGUGCUGACCCGAGGGUGUGGGAUAAACCUGAGCUCGUUCUUGCGCCGGUUGACCCCAACGUCAUCGUCGUGGGGCAGGGAAGGCGAAUCACGCCGGACGAGUUCUUCCAAAGAGAUUGUGCAGAGUUCGACUGGUACGCUGUCUGCGGUCAGCAUUGCCGAGGCCAUGAAACGGAUGCUGUGCAUGAUAUGCGGCAAUGGUGGAUCGACAACAAUAGGAUCGAGGUACCCAAAGGUAAGGUCAGCGAGAAGGAUGGCGUCGCCGCUGCGCAUCAUAAAACGUGGCAGAACUUCCUGAGGGCCUGCAUGGGGAAGGCGUGCGAUAAGGCAUUCGUGAAACAGGCACUCGACAACGAAUACAGCAAGGAUUGGAGUAACAAACUUCGGGGGUACCUGAACCUCGCCACGUCCACCCGCACGGUUUGGCCGCUGGUGGAGAAGUUCUUCGCGAUGUUCGAGGAGGGUAAGCUGCCAAUCGGCGACGGCAAGAUCCUGCUUGAGAUGCCGGGGAGGCCCGGCCCGUACACUAACGAGAACAAGGGACAACGGACUUUGUACCACUGCAUAUAUGCGAGAGAUGGUCCCAAGGGCUCCACCGUGUCCUGGAAGGAUUUGUGUCCUACGUACUUCAAGAACUUCGGGGACAUGACAUGCCGCGAGAGAGAAGUCGCGCUACUCCUGCUCAUGUCGGGGAAAGUGGUGGCAACAAAAGUGAGAGUCACGCCUCCGAGGGUGAACACAGAGUGCCUCCUCGACAUUAUGCGCAAGGAGAGAUACAUGGUCCGCAUGUUCAACUACGUUGUGUUUCCCGCCGAGGGAAGGGCAGGGGACGAAUGGAACGACGACUUCUUCAUGUCGUACAAGGACCUGGAAGACAGGUAUGCUUUAAACGGGUUAUGCGCAGAUGAAUGGGAGAAGCAACGGGAGAAGCUGCAUAGCAACUUAGUGAAAACAAUCCCUCGGCGACUUGGAGGAGUGGAGGAGGCGAGGCAAGGUAAUAAUGUCAUUGCCUGUGACGAGUCGGCCAAGGACAUUGCAUACUUGACAAAGUUCGUCGACAUAGUUGUUAAGGAUGGGAGAUUUAAGUGCCGCCUCGAGAAGCCGCGUGCCACACAUCGCACGAACAGGGAUAUGUACCACAAGUUGGGACCGAAAAGACUGAAGGUGUGGCAAUACCUGUUCCGCGAUGCGCCGGAUGGACGCCUUGAUGGGGGAUACAUAUAUAGGAAAGCAAAGUUAGAGUACUCACACAAGUUUUACGAGCUGCAGUCGAGCCCCUCGAACGGCAAGAUUGACUGGAAGGUUGAGCGCGCCGCCGCGCUCGAGAGCAUGGACGUGGACUCCCGAGAAGAUGCCGCCCCUGUGCCCGAGGCAGCCACAGGGAACACAAUGGGUGAACAAAAGGAAGAUGGCGGGACGACGUUGGGCGUGAAGCCUCCGUUGCCAGAGGCGAGGAACACGCCCGCAGGCAAAAACACCAUCGGAGCCAUCUCUGUCGCAAUGGGGGAUACAUCACAAGGUGAAAAAGUGUCACUCGACAAGCCGGCGGAUGCGGGCGCCACAUACGGGAGUCUGCUCGCGACAGGUGCGGCGCUGGCAGGCACAUCGGAGAUGGUGUCAGAGUCCACUGCUGGGAUGGGCGUCACGGGGAUGUCGUUGCAUCCGCCCACAUGCACUGGCAAAGGUGACGCACACUGUACAACAACACCACAGGGAGGGGUCACAGGGGAUGACGGGAAUGGGGGAAAUGCAUGGGGGUCUCCACGUUCUCGCUAUAUUGAGGAUAUGACGACGGACGAUGAGGAUGGGGUAGAAGGCGGAAAGGGCGUGAGUGAUCCCACGAGUGCAGAAAAUGAGGGGUGAGACAGGGAAUGAACUUGAGGGGAAUCC